UAUUCCUCACAAACAAGUUACCCUAUCAACAAACUAAAAAGGCAGAAAUGUCCAGGGACGAUAAGAGAAUUCAAGCCGUGAAGGAGUUGAUCGAGUAUUGUCCGGACUUUCCAAAACCAGGGAUACUCUUCCAAAACCUGUUCCCAGUUUUACGGAACGCGGAAGUGUUCAAGGGCUUGAUUGAUGUGUUAGUAGAGGAUAUCCGGUCUCGCUGCCCGGGUGUGGAGGUUAUUGUGGGGCUGGACUCCCGGGGCUUCCUGUUCGGGCCCAUGGUCGCUGUGGCCCUCGGUGUCGCCUUCGUCCCUGUGCGGAAGAAGGGCAAACUUCCGGGAGAAACGUUUGCCGUCGAGUACACACUUGAGUAUGGCACGGACAGGUGUGAGGUGCAGAAGAACUCCAUACAGGCGGGUCAGAAAGUUGUGAUUGUAGACGACCUCUUGGCAACUGGUGGGACAAUGGACGCCGCGUGCCGGCUGAUGGAGGCUGCCGGGGCGGAAGUUUUGUCGUGUUUAGUCAUCAUAGAGAUACCUGUGCUUAAGGGGCGGGACAAAAUCAAAUAUCCCAUCAUCUCGUAUAUCAGCUAACUCAGAUACAUCCGCUAGCUCAGAUACAGCUAGCUUAGAUACAUCAGAUAGCUCUUAUACAACAGCUAGUGGCGCGCUCAGGGAGGCGUCAUUUGAAAUAUUUAAAUGCUAUAUCAUAACUUCAGACAUUUAUACCUACUCAUUAGUGCUCAUGUAAUGCACCAGUCAAUUGUAACCACGCCUCCUCCUUCAGGUCCGGGGGUAUACCGGGGAUAGCCGGGAAAAUGGACCGUGUUUGAACCUUCCCGGUGGCCCCGUAGUGCCGAGUGAAUGCUGAUGUUUUGUUUUCGAAAUAAACAACAUUUAAAACCAUACUUCAUCCCGAAUAAAAAUUUAUAAGGAAAAUCUGCAGCUGUGUAUUUAUUAUGAAAUAAAAUCAACUAGAUGUA